AUGCGAUGGACAUUCUCCUUUACUUCUCUUUUUAUCCUCUGGAUCUUCUUAUUCACCAAUGCGCUGGCACAGGAUAAGCUCUGCAUGGAUAACAUGGGCCCAAUCGGUGAAGUAGCGAGCAAGCAACUAGGCCCUGUAUUCGACAAACUGGUCUGCAGCAAGGGUAUAAAGCCUAGCAAGGCAGACUGGAAAUGGCUCGAGCCAAAGCUACAGCCAAUCAUCAACAAUAUCAAAAAAUGUCCCCAGAAACCAGCCUUGCCCAACUACAAACCCAAAGUCGAAAAGCUUGCAGACGCGAUUGUGGCGAAAUGCACAAAGCCCAACCACAACUACUGCAAGGACGAGGAUCUUAAAGCGAUCAAAUCUUGCGCCGUUGCGGAGGCUCUUGGAUGGGGUAUGAUGAAUAUGGAUAUGCUGAAAUAUGCCGACAAGAAGAAUUGUGAAAAGCUUGUUCCCUGCUUGAUGAACCCGAAGACUUGGGCGCCUGGCAAGACGAUUAUAGCCGAAUAUGCUAAGCAUAAAGGCUUUAGUAGAAUUGGUAGUGUGGUCAGGUCCGUGAUAAGGUCUAUUGCUUGA